CUGAGUCACUCCUAAAAAGACUAAACAUACACAGAAAUUUAUUAAAAAUAGGAAUAAAUGGAUGACGUGUAUGUAGGGGUCCUUCGGACUUCCGUGUGUGUACAAACAGAUCACAGCCGGAGUCGCCUCGCCAAAACAUGUCUAAAGUAACGUUUAAAAUCACUCUGACGUCGGACCCCCGGCUGCCAUACAAAGUACUAAGUGUCCCAGAAAGCACGCCGUUCACAGCAGUUUUGAAGUUUGCAGCUGAAGAGUUCAAAGUGCCAUCAGCAACCAGUGCCAUCAUAACAAAUGAUGGAAUAGGAAUCAACCCUGCCCAGACAGCAGGAAACGUGUUUCUGAAACACGGCUCAGAGCUCCGCAUCAUUCCCAGAGACAGAGUGGGAGGACAAGGAGACUGAUGCUGCUUCUCCUGGUUGACGGCAUCAUGACUCACCCGGCAGCAUCAUAUAACACUUGAGACCCAGGAAACACCUCAGCGUGUGUCAUAUUUAUUUUCUGGCCCACAACUGACAGUGACUCACAUGAGAAUAUAUAUAAAUAUAUAUCUAAUGGAUGAUGACAUGCACACACUUGCUUGCUCCCUGCUUCUUCAUUCUGUCACGUUUUUUUUCUGCAAGUGAUACAUCAAAGAUUGGAGUGACAUCAAGAAGUAUUAAGUACGUAACACACAAACAAACAGCAGCUGCAUCGUGGUAAAAAAACAAAAAAAAGGCUUAGAUUAACAAACAAGUGAGUCAACAAUAGCUUUUAUAUCUUUGUAAAUGACAAUAAAUCAGUAUGACUAACAACAACACGCCUAUUUUGCAAUGUUUACUUUUAUCUUUAUCAGCGUUGUGGAUAUGGUAAUGUGAGAGUUUUUUAAAUAUAUGUACAACAAGCAAGGAGCAUUGUUGUGAUAUUAAGUGGCUGCAGGUGUACCAGAUCAAUAAACUUGCUUCAUUGAUCAGUA